CCCGCCUCGCUCAGCAGCCACCAUGUCUCUGACCACGGCUGAGAGGACCAUCAUCCUGGCCAUGUGGGGCAAGAUCGCCGCGCAGGCCGACGCCAUAGGCAGCGAGGCCCUGGAGAGGCUCUUCACCAGCUUCCCGCAGACCAAGACCUACUUCCCGCACUUCGACCUGCACGCGGGCUCCGCGCAGCUGCGGGCGCACGGCGCCAAGGUGGCGGCCGCCGUGGGCGACGCGGUCCGGAGCAUCGACGACGUGGCGCGCGCGCUGGCCCCGCUGAGCGAGCUGCACGCCUACGUGCUGCGCGUGGACCCCGUCAACUUCAAGCUCCUGUCCCACUGCCUGCUGGUGACCGUGGCCGCGCGCUGCCCCGCCGACUUCACGGCCGACGCGCACGCCGCCUGGGACAAGUUCCUGUCCGUCGUGUCCGCCGUGCUGACCGAGAAGUACCGCUGAGCGCGCCGCCCGCGGGGCCACGCCGCGCCCUCUGCUCUCCCCGAACCCUCCCGCAUCUUCUGUUUACUCCCCAAUAAAGGGAUGAGGA